AUUAAAAAAGCCCUAUAUAUCAGUCCCAGGGUUCACGGACCACCAGUUUAGCACCAGUUGGGCCCUAAUCCGCCCCUUUUGACGGAAGACCACAGCAGAGACUUGGAAAUGGCGAAAGAAAUAUGGCCAAGUGUUUGGAGAAAUCUUCUCCUUUUUGGGAUGAUCGUUGGUCUGGCACCUCAUCACACCAAUGGACAUAUAUGCAUAAUAUCCCCUCACCAGCGGGGACCGCUCGAUGUCUCGCACUCUGGUAGUCACACCUGUACCCGACAUGGCGCCCCUUGUGGGGGACAACCUCCGCAAGAACCGCAGGCCACGUACGCCGGAGGCAGCAGCAUCUUUGUAACUUUCCAGCAAAAUUACAAUCACUAUGAAGUGGGAUAUCCUGGUUACAUGGACGUUGCGCUUGCCAACAACAGUAAUCCCUACGCGCACUUUGACAUCAUGGGGGUCUUCGGCGACGUGAAUGAGCAUGCGCAGGACAACCAACAAAACUACAGCUUGCCUGUCGUUCUCCCCGAUAUUGAUUGUUCACACUGCGUGUUACGCGUCCGAUACGUGGCUCACAAGCCUGGUGAAAAGAUAUUCUAUCAAUGCUCGGACAUUAUGAUCAAGUCAUCACGUACUAUGGGGGACAUCCAACAAGAACGGGACCAGAGGCACCGAGUGCAGGCCGCUCGACCGCCGAGGGAUCGCGGUGUUCUUCGGCAGAUGCCCAGCGGCGCUCAACCGGUGAAGCCCGACGGUGAUGCGGCCAUGCUCUACGGCUUUGCCUGGAACGAGGCGAAAUCGGGCAGCGCCUUUGUAAUGGUGGACACCGUGUCUGGGGCAAAGCAGAGCAUAUCCCCGAUGUACUUCAGUCUUGGCUCAGGGAUCCAGUACGGAACUCCGUCACCAACGGCUCAGUCUAACAAGUACGUCAUGGACCAGAUAGCCUGUUUCGACCGGGAGAUGCCUUACCUGAACCUACUAGAACACCGCAAUGGGGGUCUGGACGCCGCUUCGAAUAAGAUACUGUGGAUUGACAUGGUAACCAAGGAAAUUGCGGGCGAAUACGAGCUGGACACCCCGAAGCAUCUUCCUAUAGUCAGUCUGGUGCCCUAUCUCAAGCAGGUGUACCUGACCGUUCAGAUAGAAGAGACGUCUCCACAAUCAGGGAUCUUCUUCUUCGUGUAUGGUACUUUGGAUUACAUGGGUCACUUCCAGCAGAUCGUCAACACCAGUAGUAGCCCAAAUACGGUGUUCGUGAACUACCAAUGGGCGACGCUGAACUACCAGACCAAGACGCACUACAUGCUGAUCGGCAAUGAGAACUCACCGGACAAACUCGCAGCGAAGAUCUUCACACUGCAGGUGACAACAAAACAAGUGUCUGUUACGGACUUGGAUGUGAGUCAAUACACAAUCACCGCUAUACAAGUCUACGAGAAGACAGACGAACUGUUUGCUAUGUCACCGGGUUUGUUCGGGAACCCCUUCCCAGCCUGGACUCUGGUCACGGUUGAUCCUAAAACCGGUGCCAUCAAGCAGAAAUACCCAGUUGCACCUGCAGGAGUUUUCGGACAAUACUAUGGUGGCAAUGUUAUCAGCAUUGAUCAAGAGUCUGGCAUCUUGUACUACGUACUGCACGUUGCUAACUCCCAAAAUGACGUCAUUGCGUCAAUCUCCUUGGAGACUGGUAAAGUGACCUUCUCCCGACUCACUGACCUGCGCAACAUCCACAACUUGGCUUUCUACAACAACUUAAAGUAAACCACUAAAUGUCUGAAAUUAAAUCGAAGGAAACUGUGACUUAUUAUUCCCAGUUUAAUAAAAUCAAAUCCAAAUUCAAGUGAGGCAACGAUUUAUUUUACAAUGGCCAUGGCUUAAAGCUGUGAUGCAAACAUCAUCGAAGUUAAACAAAAUAUAAUUGUAACAUGAUAGGUCUUUCUCAAAUUACGUCACUUCCUACGGAUUACCACGUGCCGGUGUACCGUGAAUACCCGACUCCAUGAAACAUGGACUCAUUGGUAGUAUUAAUAAUGCGUAAGUAAGAUUAUGCUAUGUUCAGGAUCAUAUAUGGGAGAGUGACCUGUCACGUGCGAGGGAUUAACCAUUAAUAGGGAAAAGCUAGAGUCAGAUUUUCAUGGUAGUAUGAUUUUCAUAUGACAGUUAAGAACAGUUUGCACACUGCGCGCCCACAGUCGUGAAUUUCUUUACGCUCGAGGACAAUGCUUUGUGUUUCCCUUUGUCCUUGUAAUAACACUCUCCCAUUGACUGAACACAUAACCGUACGAUGAAGGACCGUUUUCAACAAAGACCCAACGCUCGAGGACUGAACGGAUCUUUUGUUCUCCCUUUGUGUGUCUGUCCUCGAUCGUGAAGCCAUAUAAGAGCUCACGCACUGAUGGUGUUGAACACGCAGUUGUCAGUUUCCUUCGAAGAUGGCGUCAUAUGAAGGCGAUCUAUAAAGCUGAUUGUAAUUAGGUUCAAUAUCAAAAUCUUAUCAAUUAAAGAUAUCACUCCGCUCUUUUCGUAAUUGAUACAAUGAACAAAAUCUACUGUAAGGUAUCAUAGAACAUGACAAUUAAAGACACUGUGAAUUAAUUAUGAUAAAGUGCUUUGCUUAAGAACGGUCGAAUCGUGAAACUAGAUUAACUUUAUAUUCAAUCAAACGCGUAUGUACUUACAAACUGAUUAAUAUUACAGUAUUACAUGUACUUCCAUUCACCUUAAAGAGAAUACUUAACAUUAAAAAAAUAUUAUGAACUGUAA